GACUAGGCUGCAGAGCAAAACCUAAGAAAUUCGGUGGUGUGCAGAUAAGGAUUUAGUUAUCAGUUUUGUGUCUGGAGUGAGAUAUGAAGCCAGGUGUUCAGGGAAGGGAUUUGUAUGUGGAAAGCUCCAGAGGAAUUUGAGCAGUCCCUACUGUCAGAUUGAAAGCCACUUCUUCCUCGCUACCGUGAGAAUCAGGAACUUGUACAGAUGGAGAAAGAUAUGGAGAGGUUGAAACAGCUGGCAGGGCAUGCUGUGCCCUGUCAGCGUAAAGUGGCCCCUCGACAAGCAGGGGGUGAAAACGCCACGAGCCAGCCUGUGGAAUCCCAGGAGCAGGAUGAUACAAAUUCCACAGCUCUGGAAUGUCUGGAAAAGGAGUUUUCCAAUUACCUCUGCUCGCUUCCAAAUUUCUUGCAGGACGAGAGAAAGAGAGUGUGGAAUGGGCUCAUCUCUCAAUUCCUGCAGAUCUUUGACAACAACUCAAGUAAUUUGAUAAUGAUGUUCCCAAGUGUUUUGCCAUUCUCCACUGAAGCCUCUAAAGUGUUGGUGCAAACAAUCAAACAGAAACUAGAUGGCAAAUUAGGAGAUGAAGCCCGAUUCGUUGUUGAAGACUACCUCCAAUGGAAACAAGAUACAGGAAGUAGUGAGGGCUGGCAGUUGCUGAAAGCAAUUCAGCUAUUAACUGUAGCUGACUCGGAGAUACUGAAAUGUAUUGUGAAAGCAGGACUACACUUAAUUCUUUUAAAAUGUUUGCACCUCUUUGCUUUCUCAUCCAAAAGAGGGUCUGGAAAAAUGGAAUCGCAGACCCAGGAUACCAGCACAAUAUUUCAGGAAACUGUAACUCAUAUCAUGCUGCAUUUGUGCAGCCAGCUCUCUGCUGUCGAGGCAAUGGUACAAACAGAUGACCUGAGGUGUCUGAUUUUAGCUGUGGCCUCCCAAUGGGCCCAGUGCAACUCAUCCUGGAGAAUAUAUACAGGUCAUGUGCUGAAGGCCAUAUCUAAAACACCAACUAAAAAUAUCGUCAGAUAUUUACACGACAGUGAUUGUAUAAAGAAGUCCAUUCAGAGUUUAUCUGCAAUGGCAGACAAGUCAUUGGUCUAUGAUGCAGCUCAAGCAGCAGUCCACGUGCUUUGCUUUGUGAAAGACUCGUAUCAAGUUUCUGCAGAGUUACUUGCUGAUUUUGAAAGUGCUGAUGGUUAUCAACUGUUAACCACUCUGCUCCUUGGGUGCGAUAAGGAACUGGAGAAAGAAGAAGAAAAAUCCGUGGAAGAAUUGGUGGAUUUUUUGAGUUCUCUCACGAUCUAUGGUCAGAAAGAAUUGAAGGUCACACCCUGUAUUGCAGGUUCACAGUUUCCAAAUUUUAACUUUCAGCAGCCGAUAAAAUCAGAUACAACUGUGAAAAACCUCCAGGCUUUCAAAGUCUUGCAAUUCGUAUUUCUAAAAGCCACCAGUUCCUGCAUCUCAUCAAUGAUCCUGAACAGCAUUAAAAAGAUCUGGAGUUGGGAGAAAGCUAACUUCUUCCUGUUGGAAUGGACACAACAGACACUCUUUCAGUUCGCUGAGGUGAUAUACCACAAGUCACGGCCGGUGCAGAUGCAGUAUUUUCAGAUGCUGCGGUGUGUUGUUAUCGAUAUGUCUUACAUUCCCCAUGAAGUCUUUUCGAGAGUGCAGGCCAUCAUCCGAGAGAACCUUUCUCCUGCCUGCGCCCUGUUGGCACUCGAGUAUGUGCUGGACAUUGCCAAACAUGACCCAUUGCUCACUGUCGUGUUCAGAGAGACGAGGCUCCUGGAAGUGCUCCUGACGCAGCUUCAGAGAUAUGGAAAAUUGCUGAGGAAAGCAGGGAACAAGGCACCAUCCAGUGAGCAGCAGCACCAGAGAGAAGCCUCAUGCCUGAUGUUAAAAGUUUUGGCCGUUAUGCUUCAAGGCUCUGUGAAAAAUAUUGUGAUUCUCCGAGAGUAUGGAAUGGUUCCCUACAUCAAGAUUUUUCUCGAUGACCAGUUCUAUCGAAGUCAUGCACUGAGCAUCUUGGAGCAGCUGUUUAUUAUGAAUGCGGAGGAGUACAUGCGCGUGGUCAUUGGAGUGUUGUGCUCCGCAACUCAGACAGAAUUAGUGCUGAAGCUCGAUCUUCUGCAGUCCCUUUUAAAUGUACUGGGAAUGCCUAAAGCUCGGAUGGCGUUUAGGACUGCUGGUGGAUUCAAUGCACUGCAGUCGGUGCUGGCAGACAUGGAAGGCGCGUUAUGUGAUCCGCCUUCAGGCAGUUGGGCUGCGGUGGAUCAGAAUGAUAUCUGGGACCUCAUCCAGACAACCCUGUGUACUCUUACUGCUGCCAUGCACUCUGACCCUGUCAAUAGUCACUUCUUCAGGACUCAGGGCCAGUUCAACAAAAUGACCGAAGACCUCCGGCUUUUUGGUUGCUUCAGCGGCGAAGGAGGGCCGUUAAAAUGCUCCCUGGACACUAGUGUCUGCAGAACGUUUGAGCGGUUUCUGUCUUUAGCUCAUGAUCCGACAGAGGACAUUUGGUCCCCUUUGAGGAAAUGUAUCAAACUCUUUGAUUUUCUGGACAGGAUGGCCAAGGGCACCUUGUCUUCUCCCUACCCUACACAGCAAGCCAGAGAAGAUCUUGCCACGAGUUGCAAUGAAUUGUCUGAUGAAAGUUGUGCUCCACAGAUCACUGGGAGUCAGCACAAUUCAUCCAACCCCAUUUCAGAGCCUUCAGAACAACUGCUGAAAACUGAUCUGGAAGACAGGUUUGCUCCGGACCCUGCUCUUGUCCAUCCAGGUGCCAUUUGUGUCAUGAUGGAUCUUCUACCGAACACAAACUGUGAAAGAAUAUCCCAGCUGUCUCUGGAGCUGCAGUACGCAGUGGCUGAUUACGUUCUGUCUCUCGUCAAAUCGGAAAGGAACCGUCAGGUUAUGUGUGGAUCUGGACUUUUGACUGUCCUAAUAAAUCGCUACAAGGAGCCAUUGGUUGACAAUAACAAUCCAUUACACUUGCCCAUCAUCAGGACUUUUGAGAAGCUGGCUUGCCAGGCUGUCGAGCCACAAGUACUGAGACAGUUCUUACGCCUUGGCGAUCCCCUGAACUGUAGAGUUGCAAGGAAUCAAACGUGUGACUCAUCUGGUAAACAUCAAACCGAUCUCUCCUGGUGUCAUGUUGAUUCCAAUGAGGCAGACUCGGUGAGGAGAGGAACCCUCAACCGGAAGGGGUCGCUGAUCGCCAAGCACAAACCGAUACGAAGAUUCAGUUUAUCCCACGAGUCAAGUCAGAAGGCAAUACCACGGCACCGUGUCAUGAGCUUAGUCUCCAUGAUGUCUUCUCGCCAAUUCCAUCCAACCAAAUCGUCUACAGCUCCCUCCUUUGUGGAGUUUGACAUGUCUGUUGUUGGAUAUGGGUUUUGUUUUUUACCUACACUGGCGACAGUGAGCGGAGUUAAUGCAGAAUCCCCAAUUGCUGGUGGGAUUGGUGAUGGUUGUCGGGGAUUUCCACCACCUGUCGGCUUCACUUACUCCACGUGGUUCACGGUUGUCAGCUUCAGUUCUGGUUUUGACGCACAUCCAGUCCGUUUCCUCACCAUCUUCCGUCACACGUCAAAGAUGGAGAAGGAUUUUGUUUGCUUAUCCAUCAGCAUUUCAGCUCCAGAGAAGCGGUUGGUUAUUUCCACUCAGGAGGAGGUGUUUGAACCCUUCGAUUGGAAUGAGCCAAGCCAAGACCAACAGUCUUCUGCACUAACUUCCGUCGAGUUCAACAUCUCCAACUACUUAAUUUGUGGUCAGUGGCAGCACUUAGCUGUGGUAUUGAACAAGGACCUUCGAAGAAACACAACAGUGCUCGCGUACUUAAAUGGAAAAGCCAUAGGAACCGCUAAGAUCCAAUACAUUCAGACAUUUCCAGGAAUGCAUUUUUCCACGGAUUCAUCAGCUGUCAUCGAUGUUCAUGGAAUUAUAGGAACUCCGCAAAUCUGGAAACAACGGUCCUCUUUAGUUUGGCGUCUUGGUCCAACUUGCCUGUUUGAAGAGGCCAUUCCUGCUCAAAGUGUUGACGUCAUUUAUCGUUUGGGACCAAACUAUUUAGGAAACUUUCAGUCUGUUUACUUGCCUGGGAAUGAUUUAACCAAAAUAUCUGAGCCUUUAGUACUUGCGGCAGAAGAGAAGGUAUCGUUUGGUAUCAAUGUAGCAUCAUCUGAGGUGAUGACUGUGACAGACAUUAGAAUUAACUACAAUGAAGUGGACAGCCGACUGAUAUCAAGCGAGUUGGGAAUUUCGUCUCGAGAUGAUGCCAUGCCCAUUGUUCUGGCAAAAAAUAUGGCCAGCCAUCUUCCUGGUCUAGCUCGAACUAUCGGCGCACCAAUUGCAAGCUUUUUUGGAGUCAGGACGUUUUUUUCAAAUCCUGCUGCCAACUGUUUGCAGUUCGUCGGUGGUCCUGCUGUGAUAUUAGGCCUCGUUGCCAUGGCGUCUGAUGACCAUGAGAUCUAUGCAGCUGUCAAGGUCCUGAUUUCAGUUCUGAACAGCAGCACUCUGUGUGAAAAAGAGAUGGGACGCAUUAAAGGCUAUAGGCUUUUAGCACUGCUGUUAAAGAUGAAAGUGAGGCUGUUAAACGCCAGAAUUUUUCAACUUAUCCUCACCAUCGUUGGAACUGCAGAGCUGGGUCAAGGAACCUCGACAAUCUGCAAUGAUUGUGCUUUCAGAGAUCUCCUCUGUGAUUUUGAGAUUUGGCUGAAUUCUCCAGAGUCGCUUGAUCUGCUGCUUUUCAGACAUUUUGUGGAACUUCUCAAAAGCAGUGAUGGAUGUCACAAUGCUGAAGUCAUGCACAGACUUCAGUUGAUACCGAGACUUGUCUUUCUGCUGAAUGACCCCAAUAAUACCAGGUCAAAGGUUCAUGUCAUCUGCACCAUCCUUGCAGAGUUGCUGAAAAGUUACUUUACCACAGCAGAUCUCCUAAGGAUUGGAUUAUUCCUUACUUACACUUUGCCUCCAGCUUCCAUGAAUGAAAAAUUAAUUUCACUUGAAAGAGUUUCUGAUACAUCAAUAGACGUCAUACAUCAUGUACCUGGAAGGACCAUAUGGCUAAGAAACCAAUUGUUGAGAAUGCUGCUUGAUGUGUGUUCCCGUUACCUUAAUCAAAAUUCUAAAGAUCAAGAGAAAAUGUUUACUUCGCUGGGGCCUGACUGGUUCUUGCUUUUCAUGCAAGCUCAUCUUCACCCGACCACUGUAACCUUGAGUACAAGACUACUGCUCCACUUCCUGUACAAUCCAGUACUGUUGGUCAAGUUCAGAGAUGGCAUGCUAGCAAAUGUAUGGUUGGAGAACAGUACUGCAGAGUGCAAUAUCCUAAUGGACAAUAUCAAAUCUCGACCCCAGGCCUGCAGCCAGACACCGUAUUUAGUUCCUGGAUUUGAAAUAAUGCAGAUAUUUUUGAGCCAUCAUGUUGCCAUACCUGAGCUGUACCUGCUCCUGGCUGCAUUGGUUUUACAGAAACCAAUUGAUAAGAUGCCAGAGGAUUCCAAGAUGGACCUUGACAUGAUGAUUACUUGGCUUCUUGAGCAAGUGAAAUCAAAUCAGUGCGAAAAGUCUGUCAAAAUCCCGAAUGGAUUGUGUACUGAAGCUGCUUUGGUUUUGCUGGAGAUGGUGAGAGCUACAUUAAGCAAGCCAAUCUCUGCAGAUACAGAUAACUCGUGGGAGGUCACUUAUCCUGGCAGUGUGAUGCAGUUCUUUUGCCUGGUCUACUACAUGAUCCCGGAUGAGCCUUUGUGGAGGUCACCAGAGUUUCUUCAUAGCCUGGCAGCAGUUGGUUUCCCUAUGGCUGAAUCACCCUGCUACAUGGCUGAUGGUGGAGCCUUACCGCAGGAAAGCCUGACUUCUGCAGCUGGUGCCCAGCCUGACUUGUCAAUACACCCGGCAAGGAAACAAGUUUCAGAUUUUAUACGCACCCUCCUUUUGUACAGCUUUCUGAACAUUCCUGCCAACAAGCAGUUGCAUCCUAUUGAGAUUCUAGUCGAGGUUUCACCAGAGAGAGCCACUGGUGACCAGAGGAAGAGUUUUCAAACGGAGAUCCUACUUUUUGUCAUGGACAUAUUUCACAUCAUCAGUGAGGAGCAAACUGCAGUGACGGCCUUGGUUGGAAAUGGUCAGAGAUCUGCAUGCAAGGCCACUGAGGGGAAUUCAGCUACAAUGUUUGAAAAUAUCACCUAUUUCAGCCAAAAAUUUGUUGACAAGCUGUAUGCUAGAAUGUUUGAUGUGAACCCUGAAAAGAUUCUCUGUUUCUUAACGGAACAGAUUUGCAUGGUAAUGCAGCAAGCCUAUUCCCAGAAGGAUCAAAUAAUAAGCAGCCUUUACACCAGUUUGAACAGAGCCAUUCUAUAUUGUCUGUCAAGGCCAAGGAUGUUACCUUCUGACCUACUGAUCUUGCUGAACACUCUUAAGUUCCUACAAGAACAAUGGGAUGUCAUUUUUGCAACGUAUAACUCCAGCUUACCUUUCACCAUUUGCCUCAUUCACUGCCUUUGUCAAAUAAAAGCUGGAAGCUAUCCUGAUGGAUUUGGAGUGGGGACAAGCAACAGAAGAGCCGCUUGGCUUUUGCAGUCAACAUUCCACAGUGAACUCUAUGAUGGAUCCUUUGAAGCAAUGCACACUGAAGAAGCUCAAAAGGAACUUAUGGAUUUGGUUGACUGGGUGUGGAAUCAGCUUAUGUCGCAGAGAAGACAGUUCCUGGAAGACGUCUACAAGAUCGAUCUCUCAGUGAAACAGAAAUCAAGUGAGACUGCCAUGGACUUUUCUGAGGUCUCACCAUUGUGGGAGGAGUCUGCAACCAAGGCCUGGCAUCAAUAUAUAGCUUCAGAAAGGAAGAAUUUGUCGAGUAAAAGCGUACCGACACAGCUUCAGCAGAGUAAGUCCGAGUGGCUGUCAGAGAGUUUGUCAACAGCCAUGCGUUCUGUCAGCAGACGGAUUCUGAAAGGGGCCGACCGCCUGACUGUGAAGGAUUUCACCGCUGCUUUGGAUGGGCAAAGGAAAACCGGACAAGAAUUGUUUGCCAGUCUCCACAAAGAGAACUGCCAGAUGCAGCAGUGCAUUCUGAACCAAACAUCGAAAGACUGGGCGAAGAUGGAACAACAGCUGCUUCGAGAGAGAGGAUUAUGGGGUCCUUCAUCAGGGUCACAGCAGGGUGCAUGGAUACUGGACAUGGCUGAGGGCCCCUGUCGAAUGAGGAAGAAGAUGCGACGAAACACCAUUUGCAUCAAUUAUGCUUAUAAUGCAUGUCGAGAGAAAGACGCCAAAAGUGAAGCCAGCAAGAAUCUUGCACUCAAUUUUGGAAAUAAAGAGUUUUACAUGAAGUUAUGUUCGACAGAUGAACUUAUGGAAAGCACCAAUAAGCAAACCUACUCAGGGUUGCCGUUGAACUUGGCUGAGGGAGAUGUUGAUGAACGAGGCAUGGACUGCAGUCAGCUGACAUUCUUCCCAGCUCUGAUCGAAAGCAUCCAGUCGGAAGAAUUUUUUGAGGAUUGUUUGGAGAGGCAGGCCAUUCUCCGAGUUUUUGAUGCAAAAGAGAAGAUCAACAUUAAAUACUCCCUCAUUGUGGCUGACAGUCAUUUGCUGAUGGAAGGCGUUCUGCUUUUUGGGAUAAAUCACUUCUACGUGUGUGAGAAUUUCACACUGUCUGCUUCAGAAGAUGUUUACUGUGUUAAUCACCAUCCUUCAAGUAUCAAUGAUUCCUACAUUUACGAUAUGUGCAACAAGGAGACUGGUGAGAAACAUCCAAAAUGUUCCAGAUAUUCAUACAAUGAUGUUCGAGAAAUCCAUCACCUUCGAUUCCUCCUUCAGGACAUUGCACUCGAAAUCUUUUUAAAGAAUGGAUUUUCGAAGUUACUUGUUUUCCAUAAAAACGACAGGAAAAGGGUCUUUAAAAGCUUCUGCCGUGCUAUACCCUCUGUGAAAAAAAGCAAAACAGAUGGUCUUAAAAAUGUUGGAAAAAUGGUGAGCGAGAAAGCAGUUACACAGAAAUGGCAGAAAAGAGAGAUCAGCAACUUUGAGUAUCUCAUGUAUCUGAACACUUUGGCAGGGCGAACCUAUAAUGAUCUGAUGCAAUAUCCAGUGUUCCCCUGGAUACUUGCUGAUUACGACUCUGAGGAGUUGGAUCUGAAUAAUGCAAAGGCAUUCCGCGAUCUCUCGAAGCCCAUGGGAGCACAAAAUGAGGAGAGGAAGGAAAAGUUUGUCCAGCGGUAUUUUGAAGUAGAAAAUGAUGGGGACUUAACUGCACGUUGUCACUACUGCACUCACUACUCUUCGGCAAUAAUUGUUGCUUCAUAUCUUGUGCGAAUGGAGCCCUUUACCGAGACCUUCUGCUCACUCCAGGGGGGAUGUUUCGACGUGGCGGACAGGAUGUUCUUCAGCAUCAAGAAAGAGUGGGAGUCAUCCUCCAGAGACAACAUGAGUGAUGUCAGAGAGCUGAUCCCAGACUUCUUCUACCUGCCCGAUUUUCUGCUUAACCAUAACAGCCUCGAAUUUGGCUCCAUGCAGGAUGGGACUACCCUUGGUGACGUGAUCCUUCCUCCUUGGGCUAAAGGUGAUGCUCAAGAAUUUAUCCGGCUGCAUCGGAUGGCUUUGGAAAGUGAUUAUGUCUCUGCUCAUCUCCAUCACUGGAUAGACUUAAUAUUCGGCUACAAGCAGCAGGGUUCAGCAGCAGUUGAAGCUAUUAAUGUUUUCCAUCCUUACUUCUACGAUGACCAGGUUGAUCUCCAGAGCAUCAAAGACCCUUUGAAAAAGACGACCAUCAUGGGUUUUGUCAGUAACUUUGGGCAGAUCCCUAAACAGCUGUUCACUAAAGCUCAUCCUGCACGGAAUGUCCAAGGAAAGCACUCUUCAGGAAAGGACUCUGCUGCCUCUUCACCUGCCACCCUGCCCUUCUUCUACCACUUGCCAAAUCUGAGGCCCUCUAGUGUGAAAGAGCAAUUGAAAGGCGCUGUUGGACAUAUUGUACACACUGACAAGGGUGUUCUUGCUGUGGAGCAGAAUAAAUUGCUGAUACCACCAGAUUGGAGCAAAUUAUUUUGCUGGGGAUAUGAUGACUUCAGCUGCUCGCUGGGGAGCUAUGGUGCUGAGAAGACUCUAACUGUAUUUGAAUGUCUGUCGGACUGGGGGCAGUGCCUGUGUGCUGCAUGCCCAAACACAACAACUGUUAUCACCGGAGGGACAAGCAGUGUUGUCUGUGUGUGGGAAAUCUCAGCCAACAAAGACAAAGCCAAAAACAUGAUGUUGAAAGAGGUACUUCAUGGACAUAUAGAAGCCAUUACUUGUCUGGUGGUGUCGUUAACUUACAAUGUGAUUGUGAGUGGAUCUCGAGACAGGACAUGCAUCAUCUGGGACUUUAACACACUGACUUAUGUCAACCAGCUUCAGCAACAUGAAGCAACAGUUUCUGCUGUCUCCAUUAAUGACUUAACUGGUGACAUUGCAUCUUGUGCAGGGACCUUCCUCUACCUGUGGACAAUCAAUGGGCAGCCAAUUGUAAGCGUCAACACGUCCUUGGAUCCGACAGAGGGGAUUCUAUGCUGCUGCUUCACCGAGGUCCAUGAAUGGGACUCACGCAAUGUUGUCGUGACAGGAUGUGCUAAUGGCAUAGUGCGGCUAUGGAAGACAGAGUUUCGAAGAUUGCAAGUAACCAAGAAUGACGAAGGAAGACCAGCAGAAAAGAAUGGUUACAAAUGGGAACGGCACCUGGUCGUUUGUCAAGAGCUGAGCCGAAGCAAUGCACCCGCGGGGAAACAGAACCAAAGGAGUCCUGCAGUCACAGCUCUAGGCAUCUCCAGGAAUCACGCUAAACUAUUUGUGGGUGAUGCAUGGGGCAGAGUUUACAGUUGGUCGGUUGAAGGCUGAAAUAAUAACUGCGAGUAGGAGAUCGAUGAUGAUGGGUUCCAUAAAGAUAAAACAGCCUCCAGUGAAGAAUAUAUUGGCUAAAGCAGCACCCUCUAGGAGACUUCCCUGCUGCACGAUUAUAUUUGCAUACAUUUGGAGCAGCACGUGCUGAUUUGAACUGGUCCAAAUGCAAAGUUUGGGCAAUUGUACAAGGGAAAAUUUGAUUGAAAUUAUAAUUUUUAAACGUUAGAAAUUCAUUGGAAUUUUAUUGCAGGCGACGACGCUAUACCAUUGGAACACUUUAUGUGAGUUUGCAAAAUUUGCAGCUGACUGUUCUGUGAAGUACACUUUCUCGGGCUGUAAAACAGAGAAUGGAUUUUGGAAAUUUCCGACUUGACUGUGAAUUACGUUGCUUCCAGUUGCUAAUACACCGACGGCUUCGUCGACCACACUCCCCAGAAAUAGUCCUGGCCACCAAGCUGCUAUUGAUACCUGCUAUCAAUAACAUGCUGCACGUUAGUGGAACACCUUCUGGAUGGAGGGACAUGCACAGCAAUUGGAUCUUGAAGUGCAGCAGGAACCAACUUCAUUUGACACCGCUGUUACCAAAUCAUUAAGUUGACACUUCAGUGUUUAGUGUCAAUCAAGUUGAGUAUGAGGCUUCAAAAAACAAAAACUAAACCUUCUAAAGCAAGUAUUUGAUUCGUUAUACACUGGGAGAAUAUGCUCAUUCUGAUUUUAAACCUCUCACUUGCUGGUGUUGUCGAAUUGAUGCAUUUACAAGGGGGGACUGCUAAUCUGAGUGACGUUGGAGACAGAAAUAACGCUCUUCAUUUUUUAAGAAAGUGAAGCGGGCCAUUCCAAAUGGUACCGGAACUAAUUCCAUUUCCCUUGAAGCUAUUUUGCAGUAUGUCCUGCAGCAACAUAUAUCUUCUCACCUGCGGUCCAUUGGGAUCUGAAAAUCAGCACAGUUGGAUGUGUCCUUUUCAAGCCUUCAUUCCUAAAGGCACUUAGCCAAGGUUGUGGCCGUAAAUUAUAUUAGAAAGGUCCACAUUCUCAACAGCAACAGAUGUUCAGCUGGGAGUAUCGUAUGUGAGGGCAUGAAGGGCGAUUAUUUUGAGGAGAGCUGUUUUUUCACCAUAAAGAGGUGGCAACAUAUUUGAAAUUGGAAUUACAAUUUGACAAAAGAAGCAGAAUUUAAAUUAGAAUACACCAGUGAGAAUUUCAGAGCACUGAGUGUCUCCGUCGAUUUAACCUAUCCUUCUCACGCAGUGUAAAUUGAUAAAAAGAAACAUAUACAGCUGAAAUUUGGGUCAGCUUUAAUUUUCACUUGAUGAUCACAUCCCACGUUUGUAUCUCAAUAUAAUGCUGUUUUCUGUAAUCAUGUAAAUACAGAUGAUUAAAUAAAGUUUGGA